AAGUAAUAGUACAAAAAAGUAUAAGUAUACCAGAGAGUGCCAGAGUAAUUUAAUAGGGAAUCAAUGGUUUAUUUCGAUAUCAUUAUAUAGAAUACAAUUAGAAGCAUUUGGAACUAUGGCUUUUGUACCUACGACUCAAUCUGAGAUCCGAGAAUGGCUUCUUAGGUUCCAUGAAUCAAAUGACUCCCUCGACGUGUCAAGACUAUCGGAUAUAUACACGGAAGAUGCGAAAGUGCAGUUUGGCAACAUGCCCCUGUUUAACGGGUUGGAUGGGCUACGCAAAUUCCUCAAGGGAACUUGGGCAGGAUUAGAGAUGAUGCACCACGAAAUUGACAGUUUUGAUAUGAUAGACAAUAAGAUCUAUCAGCCAUGCCACAUAACAUGGAAAGUAAAGAAUGAUCCAGUAAGGGAGACAAUUGUGGUUCCGGCUUUUGCUUUCAUCUGCUUAGAGACAUCUGGGGAAAAUAGAGGCCGUGUCAAACAAGCUGCGUACUAUAUGGAUAAUGCUCCGUUAAUGGCAGCACUUCAGAGGUCGUCUUAGGAUUUGUCAUAUAAGAACUCACAGAGUCUAAAGUUGCAAGAUGCGUUUUAGUGGUGUAAUUUAGCUUUAUCUUAUCGGAAUGUUACACAGAAAAUGUAGCCUUGUGGAGUAACGAGUAUUGAUUGGAUAUGACUUCAUUUGUCCCACUUCUUAAGCUAGGGCCCCGCAAGGCUGGGCUGG